AUGAAGUUUUUUGCAUUUUUGUUGACUUUUCUGCUUUGUGUUGUUAAUUUGAAAUAUGCAGCAUGCUUAAAAUGUCAAUUUGAUUAUGGUUUGUUUGGCUACGCAUGCAAUAUAAAACCAGACUCAAGGAGCAUGGAAGAAAAACAUGAUUAUGGAAAGACUGAUGAAAAUGUUAAGAUAAUUGAAGUUGAGGGAUUCAACAAAAAAGAUUUAACUCAAUUAGAUUUAACAGAUUUAAGUCCUUUUUGUCAGCGAUUUGAAAACGCGACUUUUGUUUGGAUUAGGGAAUUAAAAUCUGUCAACGAAAAUUUGAUUCAACAAUGCACAAAUUUGAAAAACAUUUGGAUUGAAGGCUUAGAAAUGGAAGAAAUACCAGAAAAUUUAUUUUCUUUUAAUUCAAAUUUAUUUGGAAUUAAUCUUAAGAGUGGCAAAUUAAGGACAUUACCGGAAAAUGUUUUCUCAAAACAAAAUGAACUUGAGAUUUUAAACUUAGAUAAUAAUCAGAUUUCUUGUUUGCCACCAAACAUUUUCAUGCCACUCACAGAGCUAAGCAAUUUAUAUCUAAGCAAUAACAAAAUUCACGCAUUAAAUCCAAAAUGGUUUGAAAGUCUUCAAUCUUUAGAAAUUUUUGGGCUUUAUAACAAUGAAAUUCAAGAUUUACCAAAAAAUGCUUUUGCGAGUUUGAGUAGUUUGAAAGAGCUGCACUUAGAUUCCAAUCAACUGACAACAAUUCACUCAGACUCAUUCGGAAUUCACAAAAAUUUACAAAUAAUUAAUUUACAAAACAACAAAAUCAACGCAAUUGAUGAAAGAAUCAUCAACAAAACAGCAGUCGAGUGGCUUGACAUGUUAGGAAAUGUUUGCAGCCGUGAAAAUAUCCAUGAAAGAAACAAAAUAAAACAAGAACUAAUCAACUGCUUCAGCAGCUAUCGCCGACGUAUAGAGCCAAAUGAAGUGCAGUGUGGAAGCUUCUUAUUACAUUCAUCGCGCAUCAUCAAUGGAUCUUCAACAGGACGCAAUGACUUUCCGUGGAAUGCAGCAUUAGUCCUCAAGUCGGGAUCUUACUUUUGUGGAGGAACUCUCGUGUCAAACAAGCAUGUCGUGACUGCUGCACAUUGCAUGAAUGAAAAGAAAAAUGCUCAUAAAUUCACGUCAUGUGACUUUUCAGUUCUUCUUGGUGUCCACAACUUAUCAAUUGCAAAUGAACAAGGUCGAAUCUUGGUUGAUGUCAAUGCCAUUCAUAUCCAUCCAGACUGGGAUGUCCAUUCAGACUCAUAUGAUGCUGACAUUGCUGUCUUAGAACUUGCUGAAGCUGUAAAGUUUAACAAGUUUGUCAGACCGAUUUGUGUGCCAGAUGUUGAAUCAGGUGCGGCUGGUGCUUCUUUAGGAACUGUCAUUGGAUUUGGAAAGACAGAAGCAGGAACAAUUUCGGAUGUCGCAAAAAAGAUUGAAAUUUCAAUUUAUGACUUUAAAAACUGCUCCGAACACAGCUCAGAUCAUCGAUCAUUGAUAAGUCACAGAACAUUUUGUGGAGGUUCGGCUGAUGGACGUGGAGUCUGUGAUGGUGACAGCGGAAGUGGAGUUUAUGUCAUCCAUAGUUUGGCUUAUUAUUUACGCGGGAUUGUUUCUUCUUCCUUUAAUAAUGUUAUCCUACAAUGUGAUGUUCAAAGGGAAGCAAUUUUUACGGAUGUCCCUAAAUUCUAUGGCUGGAUUAAAAGCGGAGGUCUAGAUGUCCAUGCAGAGAACACCAACAGACGAAGGAAUUAAAAGAAAGGUUCUUAUAAAUCUCAUGUUUUGAUUGAAAUUUGUAAAUAUCCAUUUAAUGAUUUUAAAAAUGUUUAAAGUAAUUUUUUCAUAAAAAGAAAAUUGAA